GCUUCCGAUCUGUCUGUUGUUUCAAGCUUUAUACAAUUGCAAGAUAGUUCUUACAUGUCAAUUUUCUUCAGCUGUGUAUUUUCUUGUUUCUUGAAAUUGGUAUAUAACUUAGCUUGUACGACUGGUAAUGCACCAAAGAAGCAAAGAAAUUGCGUCUAUCUAUUCUGCAUGUACUGUUUGUGUUACUAUCAUUUUAAUAUUUUUUUGUGUGUGUGUGUUUGAGAGAGGAGAGAAAGGGGGAGAGAGUGUUAAUUCAGGGAUUUUCUGUUGGAAGAACUAUGUUGUUCAUUAUUUCAUGAUUUGAGAAAGUAAUUAAAUGUUUUGGUUAUGCUUCUUAGACAUGCUGUGAUGAGUUUGAUACAAUCUCUGCUUGAUUUUAUGUAUUUCUCUUGUUUGAUCACUCUUUGUAGUCUAGUUGAUCUGGCUGGGUGGCCUUGAAGUUCUACUGGUUGAUCUGCCAAUGGGAUUUCAGGCCCUGUUCUUGGUCUUUCUGGCCUUUUGCUCUGCAAUUUUGGCGCAGGAAUCGAUAGAUGCCAGAAUUAGCAUCGACACUAGCUCAACCAUUGCCAACACGGAUGCUAAUUAUAUUUGUGCCACCAUAGACUGGUGGCCAAAAGAUAAGUGUGAAUACAAUAGAUGCCCGUGGGGCUCGUCUUCUGUGUUAAAUCUCAAUCUAUCUCAUCCCUCUCUAAUCAAUGCUAUUCAAGCUUUCAAGAAUUUGAGAAUUAGAGUUGGCGGUUCUUUGCAAGAUCAAGUAGUUUAUGAGGUGGGAAAUUUGUCAUCUUCUUGUCAACCAUUUACGAAGCAAAAGGGUGGAUUAUUUGGAUUUUCAAAGGGUUGCUUACCUAUGCGGAGGUGGGAUGAGCUAAAUCAAUUCUUCAAGAAGACAGGAGUUGUUCUCACUUUUGGCCUUAAUGCUCUUUACGGGAGGUACCAAUUGCGGAAAGGAGUUUGUGGAGGAGAUUGGGAUCCUAGCAAUGCUCAUGAUUUCAUCAGAUACACUAUUUCGAAGGGAUACAAUGUCGACUCUUGGGAAUUCGGUAAUGAGUUGAGCGGCAAGGGGGUUGGUGCUAGUGUUAGUGCGCAACAGUAUGGAAAAGAUUUGGUCCGCCUCAAUACUAUGGUCGAUGAACUGUAUGCAAGUAAUGCUAUGCCCAAACCGACUAUCUUGGCGCCAGGAGGGUUCUAUGAUAAGUCUUGGUUCGAUACGCUGCUUCAAGUCUCGGGUCCUAACACAGUCAAUGUUCUGUCGCAUCACAUGUACACUUUGGGUGCAGGAAACGACCCGAACAUAAUGAAAAAGAUUCUAAACCCGAGCCACCUGGACAGGGCAUCAUUAACAUUUGGCAGUCUUAGUGCCACGAUUCAAGCAAAUGGUCCUUGGGCUGCAGCUUGGGUUGGUGAAUCAGGAGGGGCCUUCAACAAUGGUGCUAAGGGAAUAUCUAAUGCGUUCAUCAACACCUUCUGGUAUCUGGAUCAACUUGGAAUGGCAGCUAAGCAUAACACCAGAGUUUAUUGCCGGCAGACUUUGAUAGGCGGCUUCUAUGGCCUCCUCAACAAAACUACGUUCAUCCCAUCCCCCGAUUAUUAUAGUGCACUUCUCUGGGAUCGCCUCAUGGGAGACGGAGUACUCUCCGUUCACAGCCGCGAGUCGCCAUUUUUGCGCGUUUAUGCUCACUGUGCAAAAGAAAGAGCUGGUGUGGUCGUUCUUCUGAUCAAUCUGAGCAACCAGACCGCGUUCGACAUUGCAGUGGGAUCGAGUGACAGUGCACUAGUGCAAGUCACCAAGACAACGUCCGUCGUGCGUGGGAUUAAGAAGUCGGUCUCAUGGAUCGGCAAGAGAGCCUCGGAUGAGAAACUGUCGAGAGAGGAGUACCUGUUGACUCCCGAGAAUGGUGAUCUUCGGAGCACAACGAUGCUGUUGAAUGGACAGCCGCUGCAUCUGACUGAGACAACGGGAGGCGUGCCAGACCUCGUCCCUGUCCUCGUCGGCACGAACGCCCCUCUUAGAGUUGCUCCGCUUUCGGUGGCGUUUGUUGUGUAUCCCAACUUCAAUGCUCCAGGAUGCAAGUGAAGUUUGUGUAACAGUUUGAAGGUUUGCUUCACAUCUUUCUUGUAUUUGUACAUGAGUUUUUGAAGAGUGAUUAUGGAGUCUUGUAUUUGGGUAGGAGCUAUGCUUUGUAUUUCUUUGGUAUAUUCUUUGGGAAAUGUAAUUUAAUGAAAACAAUAAUGAAUGAAAUAUAUUCAAUUAAAAA